CUGAGGGAGAUGCUGAAGCAGCGCCAGCACAGCCCCGGCUCUCCAGAACCCUGGAAAGAUUCCCCCGCCCUGGCACCUCCGGAUCCGGCCGGGAUGGGGCUGGGGAGCUGAGCUCAGCCUCCUCCUCCUCCCCGAGCAGCGCUGCUGAUCGCGGGCAGCAGCGGCGGUGCCGGUGCCCGGCGGGCGCUCCGACCAUGUUCGGCGGGGAUGGCGGCUCCUCCUCCGCCAGGAACGUGGUGCGCAGCUCCAGCAUCAGCGGCGAGAUGUUCAGCCUGGAGAAGAGCGCCCGCGGCAGCGCCGACUCCGUCUCCAUCAGCGCCAGCAAGAAGCGGCGCUCCAGCCUCGGAGCGAAGAUGGUGGCGAUCGUGGGGCUGUCCCAGUGGAGCAAGAGCACCCUGCAGCUCAACCAGACCGAGGGAGGCCCCAAAAAGCUGCGCAGCACCAUCCGCAGGAGCACCGAGACCGGCAUCGCCGUGGAGAUGCGGACCCGGGUGACCCGGCAGGGCAGCCGCGAGUCCACGGACGGCAGCACCAACAGCAACAGCUCGGACGGCACGUUCAUCUUCCCCACCACGCGGCUGGGAGCAGAGAGCCAGUUCAGCGAUUUCCUGGACGGGCUGGGGCCGGGGCAGCUGGUGGGGCGGCAGACGCUGGCGACGCCCCCGAUGGGUGAUGUCCACGUGGGCGUGGCUGACCGCAGCGGGCAGCUGGAGGUGGACGUGAUCCAGGCCCGGGGACUCAUCCCGAAGAUGGGCUCCAAGUGCAUCCCUGCCACCUACGUGAAGGUUUACCUGCUGGAGAACGGCGUCUGCCUGGCCAAGAAGAAAACCAAGGUGGUGAAGAAAACCUGCGACCCCUCGUUCCAGCAGCCCCUGCUCUUCGAGGAGAGUCCCCAGGGCAAAGUCCUGCAGGUGAUCGUGUGGGGCGAUUACGGGCGCAUGGACCACAAGUGCUUCAUGGGGAUGGCGCAGAUCAUCCUGGAGGAGCUGGAUCUCUCCAGCCCCGUCUCGGGCUGGUACAAACUCUUCCCAACCUCGUCCCUGGCCGACUCCAGCAUCGGGCCCCUGACCCGCCGCCUCUCCCAGUCCUCCCUGGAGAGCUCCACCAGCCCCUCCUGCCCCUAGGAGAGCCCACGGAGAUCUUACAGAACUGGUCGUGGAGAGCUGUAAAUAUUUUUUUUUUUUCUUUUCUUUUUUUUUUUUGAAUUUUUCAAUCUCUUUCCCCCUCCAAAAAAAAAAAAAAUCAGCCCUGGAUGCUCUCCCCAGGAAGGGAGAGGGGGGAAGGAGAGCAAAAAAUUCCCUCUGAGGGCUGCCAAUGAUCCCAGACUGUCCCCAGAGCUCGUCCUGGAAGCUCCUCCUGAGGAUGAGGCUCCUUUUCCCCUUCCCUGCCUCCGAGGAAAACGGGGCAAACCCCUCUGAACUCAGAACAACUCCAGCUCGGCACUAAUUUUUGUUUUCCAAGGAAUGUAGCAUCUUCUCUUAUGUAGCUUUGCCACGUGCUGACAACACACUCACUGCAAUAUCCCAGAGAGCUCCGGGAACAUCUGCCAGUCUCAUCCCGUUUUUGCUUUUUGGUGGCCAUUUCCCUGCCUUUUUUUUUUGGUUGUUUCCCCCCCAAUUUUUAUAUUUUUUUUUCCUUUUUUUUCCCGGGAGCAUGUAGCCUGUGACCAUUGCCAAAGCAAGAAGGGGACAGGGAAUGGGGAGCUCGCUGGGCUUCUCCUCGUGUCUCACCCAAAACUCUGGGAAUGCCUCGUGGGAGGCAGGAAAAGGAGUGGGAAUGUUGGGAUCCUGCCUCCCAGCCCCAGCUGGAAGACUGGGAUGUUCUCCUGGAUCCUCGGAUCUCAGAUGUUCUCCUUGAGAAAUGGAACGUUCUCCUUGGAUCUCAGGUGUUCUCCUUGAGGUCUGGAACGUUCUCCUGGAGGUCUGGAACGUUCUCCUUGGAUCUCAGAUGUUCUCCUGGAGGUCUGGAACGUUCUCCUUGGAUCUCAGGUGUUCUCCUGGAGGUCUGGAACGUUCUCCUGGAGGUCUGGAAUGUUCCCCUGGAGGUCUGGAACGUUCUCCUUGGAUCUCAGGUGUUCCCCUGGAGGUCUGGAACGUUCUCCUUGAGGUCUGGAAUGUUCCCCUGGAGGUCUGGAACGUUCUCCUUGGAUCUCAGGUGUUCUCCUGGAGGUCUGGAACGUUCUCCUUGAGGUCUGGAACGUUCCCCUGGAGGUGUGGAACGUUCUCCUUGGAUCUCAGAUGUUCUCCUGGAGGUCUGGAACGUUCUCCUUGGAUCUCAGAUGUUCUCCUGGAGGUCUGGAACGUUCUCCUCGGAUCUCAGAUGUUCUCCUGGAGGUCUGGAACGUUCCCCUGGAGGUCUGGAACGUUCCCCUUGGAUCUCAGAUGUUCUCCUUGAGGUCUGGAACGUUCUCCUGGAGGUCUGGAACGUUCCCCUUGGAUCUCAGACGUUCCCCUGGAGGUCUGGAACGUUCUCCUUGGAUCUCAGAUGUUCUCCUGGAGGUCUGGAACAUUCUCCUUGGAUCUCAGAUGUUCCCCUGGAGGUCUGCCUGCCCCUCCUCGGGGUCUGGCAAGUCCUGCUCGGGGUUGGGAUGCUCUCCUUGGGGUCUGGGAUAUCCUCCCUGGAAUAGGAUGCUGUCCUUAAAGCUGGGAUUUCCUCUUCAAAGGUUGGGAUUCCCCCCUCAGGGGUUGGGAUUUCCCCCCCUGAGAACUGGGAUGACCUUCCCAAGAAUUUGGAUCCCCUCCUUGGAGCUGGGAUCUCCUCCUCCAGACUGGGCCAUCCUCCUCCAUGUGUGGGAUUCCCUCCUUGGGCUCUGGGAUUCCUUUUCUGGGUUCUGGGAUUCCCUUCCUGGGUUUUUGGAUUCCCUUCCUGAGCUCCAGAAUUUCCUCCCUGAGCUCUGGAAUUCCCUUCCUGAGCUCUGGAAUUCCCACCCCAGGCUCUGGAAUUCCCUCCUUGGGCUCUGGAAUUCCCUUCCCGAGCUCUGGAAUUCCCAAGAUCUGGGAUUCCCUCCCUGAGCUCUGGA